AGUUCCACUAUUUUACAUUUGUUAUGCAAAAGAGUCGCGGUUGGAGAUCAGCUGACUAAUAGCCUGAAAUUUCUCCUCCCUCAGCACCUUGCCACUGGCACAAGCAAACAAACAAGUCAUCGCAUUUGAAAACUUUCAGCAUACCGCAAGCGCCGAGGGCAGGUUGCUUGGAGCUCCCUCAAAUUGCUUUAGCCUGUUCCCGGAAUUGGAUUUUUGUACUUGUACAUCGAAAAGGUAUAUGGUGUGCGCGCUAUAAAUUGGCGUGUAUUUUGUUAUACGUAUAGCCCUAAACAGCUCUGAGUAGUGCAUGAUUUGAGGUGACGUGCGAUUCGGCCAGAAUGUUGCUUGAACAUCCAGGAUCGAGUUGUCAAAAUUCAGGAAAUUACUCCAGAUACAGCUCGGGUCAAGAUAUUCCCGUUUGUGCGGGCUGCAGUCAACACAUAGUGGACCGCUUCAUACUGAAGGUGUUGGACCGUCACUGGCACAGCAAGUGUCUAAAAUGUAGUGACUGUCAGUCCCAGCUCGCGGACAAGUGCUUCACCCGAGGCGACAGCGUCUACUGUAAAGAGGACUUUUUCAAGAGGUUCGGGACAAAGUGCGCAGCCUGCCAGCAAGGUAUUCCGCCGACCCAGGUGGUGCGGAGGGCGCAGGAUUUCGUCUAUCACCUGCAUUGUUUCGCAUGCAUUGUGUGCAAAAGACAGCUGGCCACGGGCGACGAAUAUUAUUUGAUGGAGGACAGUCGACUUGUUUGUAAAGUCGACUAUGAGACUGCCAAGCAGAGAGAGGCUGAUUCCACGGCUAAAAGACCACGCACAACCAUUACCGCCAAACAGCUGGAGACCUUGAAAAACGCCUACAAUAAUUCACCCAAACCAGCUCGUCACGUACGGGAGCAGCUAUCUUCAGAAACCGGCCUUGACAUGAGAGUGGUACAGGUUUGGUUCCAAAACAGAAGAGCAAAGGAGAAAAGACUAAAAAAGGACGCGGGAAGACAGAGGUGGGGACAGUACUUUCGUAACAUGAAGAGAUCAAGGGGGAGCUCCAAAUCUGACAAGGACAGCAUCCAAGAGGAGGGCGUGGACAGCGACGCUGAGGUGUCUUUUACUGAUGAGCCACCCAUGUCUGAUCUAGGCCACUCUAAUGGCCUCUACAGCAGCCUGAGUGAGAGCUCCCCAGCACUGGGCAGGCAGGGAGGAGCUCACCCUCCCUUUCCACUGGAGCACAGCGCCAUGUUGCCUUCACAAGAGCAGUACCACGACCUCCGGGCCAGCAGCCCCUACGGCCUUCCCCAGUCCCCUGGCUCGCUUCAGGCCGUGCCCAGGCAGCAACCCCUCAUCUCUGGCCUAGUCUACCCUGAUUCUGGUCUGUCGGUGGUGAGUCAGGGCGGAGCCCCUGGAAUGGGUCCCGGUGUGCGGAUGGUGGGUGGAGGAAAUGGCCCCAGUUCAGACCUGUCGACAGGAAGCAGCGGUGGCUACCCAGACUUCCCUGCCAGUCCAGCGUCCUGGCUGGAAGAAGUUGACCAUAACCAGUUUUGAUGACUGUGGAACAGGACUGCCCAGGAACAACGGAGUGCUGAUUUGGCUGCUGAGGCACACGAGGAAAGCAGUCAGCUUCCAAGCAUGACUGCUGGGGGAAUCGUCGCUUCAAUGUAAAGUCAAACUCAUUUUUAUUGUCGUCUGCAUGGAAUGAAGCAAAGGAGUUUUAGACUUGUGGAUGCACCUAAGGCUCAGACUGAGCAAUCCUCUCCAUUUGGUGUGGUUUAACAAAAAUGCGAUAAUGUCAAGAAUGAUUUUUACAUCCUAAAGACUGGACUGGGUUUAUGUCUGUCUUUUCAGAUAAUAUGAUAGGUCUGUCAUAACUAAAGCAAUGAUGUAGAGAUCACUCAUUGUGGAUUACCCAGAGCCUAAAAAGACAAGAUAAACAAACAAAAACAAUGAACACUAUUUCCAAGUUGCCAAGAUGCCUGAAAUAAAACGUGUAUCGCGUCAUUUUCAUUAGAUGGCAUCUUUAGAACUUGUUUGGUGCAUAGAAGAGAAUACUGUAUACAUUCAUAUCGAGGCAUAGCCCAAUUACCAUGACGUAGCUGUCUGACUCACGUAAAGCAGACUCUUUUGAAACUGGACUUUCACAAAUCUUCACCUUUCAUGUCUCUUCUUGGUGUCUAAUUGUACGUACCAUCACCCAUUUUGGUCAAAGUAUCUGGUCGUUGCCAAAUGUUUCAAUCCAGCAUAUCGCAGCUCAGCGUUGUGGAGUAUUUAUUUUUAUACACCUCCUUGGACAUCAUGAACAAGGACUUUGUACAUUUCAAAACAGGGAUAGACAAGUUGUAGUUGUUGACUCUUGUUACUCAAUAGGACUAUACUUCUAUGCAUUUGUGUGUUUUCAGAUGUAUCUUGGUCGUUUCACUUAGGUGCCUAGGUGAUCUGGCCCUAGGGUCCCAUAAGUGUUUGUUUAUGUGAAAGAUGUUUUAUGUCUUAUUUAUUCUCUCUGAUGAUGAUGAAUAAGUGAUACAGGUCUUUAAUAAAUUUGUCAGUGAAACUCA